UAGGGGUAGGGAUAGAAACCGGGAUUACCGCGGUCGGGAAGAGCGGCCCUGGGACCGAGCUCGGCACUGCCGCUCCUGCUCCGCCUGCGGCCGGUGCGGGGCUGGAGUCCCACUGGGGCUCAGGGCAGAUCUGCUGCGGCCGCGGAGAACCGGGGCUGUGCCGGUGCCAGUCCUGCCAGGAGAGCGGCGCUUCCCCGGAGUAGACGCUGGAUCGCGGUUCGAAAUGGCGGGGUACGUGGACCGCCGCUCCCAGCCCCGGGACACCCCGGCCGCCGCCUCUCCCUCAGCGCCGCCGGGCCCGCGGGGUGCACCCGGGGGCGCUCCCGGCCCGGCUCCGGCCCGCAGCCCCCGGGGGGCGCUCCCGGCCCCGCCCGCAGCGGCUCCUCCCGCCCGCGGCCCCUUCGGGGAUGCCGAGCCCCGAGCCCGCCGCACUCCCCGCGCACGGCAGCGCCCGCACCCCCGGGGGCUCCCGCCCGCCGCCCCCGGAACGAGCGCGGCUGCAGCGCCGCGGGCCGGAGGAGCCGUUCCGGGCCGGGCGCUGGGGCCGAGCCCGGCGCUGCCGAGGGCCCUGCCGAGGCUCGGGCCGUGCCGCUGACACACCUGACAGGAUAGCCUGAGGGGGAAGGGACACAAAAAGAGCACCAAAUUCGAUCCUUAUGUGAAUAGCUCAUCUGGGGGACUGCACCCACAGCCCGGGCAUUUUCAGCACCCUGCUCCAACCAAGGCAGUCUCAGGUGAUGGCAAUGCCCUGCCUGAGAUGAGAAUGCCAAGUGCCAGCAAGGGAUUCCUCUGCCAAUGCAACUCCUUCUUUUAUGCCAAUACUGCUUCCCACAGCAGCCCCUGGAGUGCCCAAGAGCAGAGCUCCAUGGCCACAUCUGCCCAUGGAAUAACACAGGGAGAAAUGAGCAGGACAAGCCCUGAGAGUUCCUGUGGUCCAUGGCCAGAGUUCUUCUGGAGAGUGCCAGGGCUGCUCCUGCCUGCAGAGGGGCCUUUGCUGCAGCUCCUGGCAGUGUGGGCAGGAGGGCCCAGGAGACCCAGGAAGGGAAGCAGCCCCUGCUGUCCUUGGAUCUGCAGGGAGGAGCUGUGUCCCAGUGUUCCCCCGGGGCAGCAGCGUCCAAACACAGCCCGGGGAUGGGCACGGGCACGGCUGAGGGGCUGCCCGCAGCUCCUGGGCCAGGGGCUGCUCUCCACAAGCACCUGGAGAUGCUGCAGCCUGGACAGAGCCCACGGACAUCCCAAAAACACCCCCAGGAACAGCUGGAAUGCCUGGGAAUGUCAGCACGUUUGGUCUGCAGAGGAGCUCAGACAGCAAUUCCUGGUGCCACCUCCUGGAGCUCCCACACACCCCCCAGUUAUUCCAGGUUUUUCCAGUAAGGAGCUUCAAGGAAUUCAGGCAAAUGACCACAGGGGACAGCUGUAAAUUCAAAGGCAGAAAGAGAAGACCUACCAGCAAAGGAGAAAGGCUUCAGAAAACAUCUCUGCAAUUAAUAAUCAUUUCCAGUUCCCCGGUGAGAAGAACACAAACUCACAGCCACUCAGGCCUGGCAGUCCCCUGCAGUGAGAGCUCAGCAGACACCUGCAGAGGCAAGGCCAGCAUCUGAAAGAAAGAAGAAGAAAAAGGUGACUUCUUCUGUUUCAAAGUUAUUCCAAGUUCUCCAGCCCAUUGAUGCACCAAAAAAGGAACCCAGGGCAAACCACAGCCUGUGCGGGGCACACAACCCACAGCCUCUGAGAUCCACCUGCCAGGGGAAGGAUGGUCACCUGUCCAGGAUCUCCAGGGCAAUAUUCCAACCACAGCCGCAGCAUUGGCCAGUCCAGACAUGCAGAACACAGCACUGACCAAAAUCUCUCCCUCGAGCACAGGAUGGAGCAACUUCCCAAGAAAGGAAGGGCUGCUUGGAAGGGCAGCACAGCUCUGCACUGGGACAGAAGCACAGGAGGAACCCAAGAGUUUGUUACAGCCCUGCAGCACAGCCAGAGCAGCUCUCCAGGCUGGACUGCUGCCCAUGGCCCACCACAUCCCUAAAAACCACCCAGCACACACACCAGAACAGCUGGAGCACAGAUCCAAGCCUGCCCUGCAGCUGCCAGAGACAAGAACAGCUUCAGGUCAUUUUUUUCCUGAGAACAAAGUGAAAAUACCAACAUCAGCUUGCUAUUGUGGAGGAGGCUUGAGCUACCAAGGGUCACACCAGAUCUCAGCAUACCUUGGAAACUUUCAUUCCCACUCAAGUUGAAAAACUGCCCAGAAAAAAUCACCUCAACCAAAGCUGUAAUUUGGGGGAAAUGAACUUAUUUUCUUCCAUCUUGCUGAUACAAUUUUGUGCAGUUUGUACUUCCCAAAUGACUUCUAAAAUUCUACCAAAUUUAUUCCAAUCCUUUAUUUACAUUAUGCCAUUAUUAGAAGAAAAAUUUUAACUAUUUUGGAGGCUUGUACCUCAUUCAGGUGACAUUUUCCUUUGCAGAGCUUUUGAAAUAAGCCUCUGCUUUGCCUCUCACAGGUGCUUUAGCGUUGUGACCACGAUUUCACUUUCUUCCCUGUGUAUUUCGGAAGAACUUGGAAUUUCAAGAAUCAAAUAUGAAAAUUUACUGAAAACUCUGAGAAACAGAGACAAAAGUGAGAAAGGCUGUGUUUGAUGGGGAAAUGCUGGACUUCUGCAGAUCAGCAAUAGCACAGUUGAUGUUGCAGGGCAAUACCCAUAAAUGCAUUUACCUAUAUGAGGAAAGGCCACAGAUUGUCUGGGCAUUGAUCAGUCAUUCAUCAUUAACAGCCCAAUAUCCCACAGUGGUGUGAGCAACAAAGGGUCACAGCAGAUCUCAGCUUCAUCUCAAAAACUCUCAUUCCCUUCCCAGUUAAACAACUGUCUGCAAAAACCACCUGAUCAAAAGACGUGAUCCGAAGGCAACAAAUGCAUUUCUUCCAUCUCACCAACACCAUUGGGCACUUUGUACUCCCUGGGAUACUUCUGAAAGCUAUACAAAAAUCUACUCAAUUUCUCUACUUACUUGCAUCAUGUCAUUAAUUACAGGAAGAAGUUGAACUAUU